AUGAAGAGCUACGCUGUACUACUCGCCCUCUCUGCGGUUGGAUUAUGCGCUCAUGGAGACGAAGCGAGCACAGAGAUGGGCCCGGCUGCCUUUCUGUGGCCACCUGAUCGUCUCUGGGGUGCAGCAUAUGACAACAAUGCCCCAUGUGGCUCAUCAACCGGGGCCGUGAACCGCACAAAUUUUCCACUUAUCAAUGGCAAGCUCGCACUUGUACUCCAAGACGAGUCGUGGAAUGUGCAGGUUGCAGUCUCCCACAAAAGCAACCCAACUACCAAUGCCGACUUCGAGGCCUUCAUCGACAGCUCCAGUCUUGCCGACGUCGAACCUGGACACGAAUGCUACUCCGUUCCCAACCCAUCUAUUGAUGUGGAAGAGGGAAUGAAUGCCACCUUCCAGAUCAAAUACACUUCGGAUUUCGAUACCGACAAAAACGAAACCUACUACGCGUGCGCGGACGUCACGUACAUCCCCGCGAGCAAGUUCACAUACCAAGUCCCUUGCUUCAAUGUGACAAGUGACGAGUUCACCGAUGUAACUACCACGACUACAGCUGGCUCUACUGCUACUGCAAAGUCGGACACAGCGAAGGACACGGGUACCACAAGCGAGAAAAGCUCUGGUCUUUCAGGAGGAGCUAUUGCGGGUAUUGUGGUUGGCUCGGUGGCUGGAUUGGGUAUUGGGAUUGCCUUGCUGUUCUUCUAUAGAAGGCUCUUGCAGAAGUAUCGUUUCUUGCGCCAAAAGGCUUCCACCCGGAACGUGGACUGGAAUGAGGAGGCACCUCAGCAUAAAGUCGACGAUGAGGUUCCAAUUGGGCUUCGCAAGAUUAGAUGA